UAGGGAAGUAGGGGAAGAUGUUUUAAGUCUGAGGCUUAGUUGAGUUCAUACUUGUGUAACGUGAGGAGGCUCUGUUGCACUAGUGUACGUGUUGUGUCAUACGUCGCGUGUGUUACGCUUUACUAUCAAAAGUAUAAUUAACAGUGUUUAUUUAAUAAAUAUCAUUUAACGUUAAUUUUAACUUAUCAAGUUAUAUAUUAUAACAGUAUCUGCAGUCACAAACACGUACACAAAAGCAUCCAGUUGUCAUUGUGUUGAAUGCAGACGUAAAAAUUGCAAAAGUCUGUUAUCAAACACAGAUAGAUUAUCAAGCUUUAAACAGUGUCUACAAAAAUGUGCAGAAUCACACACCCAAGUAAUAUAAAGUGUUGCACAAAAAUAUUAUGUUCAGUGUCCCUCUUUGCAUAGACUCAAUAACACUCUUGUCCUUCUUCUGGAAAAACAGUUAACAAGUCUAAAGAUUUCUUUAAAAGAUGCAUGGAUUUGUCGAACUAAUUUUAAGCAGUGCUUUGUUGUGGAUACUUUUACAAACUAUCUGGAGUAUUUUAAUAAGUGUUUUUUAUCAUUUUUGUGUACCAUGGAUUAUUUGGGGUACUAUCAUUAUUACAAUCGGAUUAAAAGUAGCCAGAAUUCCACAGCCAAAUUUACAGAUAAAACAUGAAGUGCUUGGAGUGAAUCCCCUUUUACCGAAAAAAGAUAACAAUGUAUCGAAGGAUCAUGGUAAUGGAGAGCAGUUUUGCAUGCGAGUGGUGGCUCAUCGUGGUGGAGCAUAUGAUUGCCCUGAGAACAGCUUAACAGCCUUUCGUAAUAGCAAAGAGAAAGGCUGCAAAGGAAUUGAGCUUGAUUUAUACCUUACAAAGGAUAAUGUACCCAUAGUAUUUCAUGAUCCAACCAUUGACAGAGUUACUGGAAAACCUGGGAUCAUUAAAGAUAUGACAUGGGAUCAAUUAAAGGAAUUGGAUAUCACCCAUAAUCAUCCAUUGAAGGAUAAAUUUAUGGAAGGUGAAAAAAUUCCAUUAUUUGAUCAUGCCUUAGAGACAUGCUUAAAUAAUGAACAAAGAGUAAUUAUAGAUGUAAAAGAGAGUAGAAUGGAAAUUGUACAAACAAUUUUAGAUGCAUACAAAAAGUAUCCAAAAUUAUUUAAAAUGGGAAUUGUAUCCAGUUUUAAUCCUAUUGUCAUAUAUAUGCUUAGGAGAAGGGAACCCAGAAUUGUCACAAGUUUAGCAUGGAGACCAUAUUAUUUUUCAAGAAUAUCGUACUCACCUUUUGAUAAACCAGGACAAAUACGUUAUACCAAUCCAGUUAAACAUGUAGCAGCUUGCUUAUUAGAUCAUGUUUAUGGAUGGGCACUUUACCAUUUUGUGUACUAUAUUACAGGUGUUUCAGUUGUUUUGUUACAUAAAGAUACGAUAAAUCAGCAUAUUGUACAAGAAUGGUAUAAUCGCGGUGUACGUGUGAUGGCAUGGACGGUAAAUCUACCAUCAGAGAAAUUACACUUCUCGCGGUUGCUUAAAAUUACAUAUUUAACAGAUACACUGUUACAUGAAAAAGACAUGUAAUAUCACAUAUAUUCUACAUAGUGUAAGUGAGUGUAUCCCAUUGGCAUACAGAUCAUUGUUUUCUAUAAUCUAGUCUAUUCAUCGAAGCGAUGAAUUGUAUUUAUAUAUAUUUUUUUAUAUAACAAAUUCAGUGUUUACUUUGUUGAGAAAGAAGUAAUAUUCUUUUUUUUUUCUUUUUAUUAUGUAUACUAAAAUGAGAAUGAAAUUCACGCACAAAUUUUUAUUAAGGUAGGACUAAUACUUUUAAAUUAAUUAUGAACUUGUAUAUAAUGAUACUUUCAUCUUUUGUAAUACAAGGAAAAUUAUUUUUAUCUUUGCCAUUGCAUAUUAUUUCUAUCUUCUAAGUGUUCAAUAUUUUACUAACAUUCAUACCAGUAGAUGGGUAUCAUUUGAAAUGCAUGAUUUCACGGACGGAGAUAUUUAUUUCUUAAAUAUUUACUUUCGAAUUAUGGAACACUGGUUGUAAUUUAAAAGUUUGUCACACAAUAGUAGUAAGUUUGCUUUUACGGGAUUCCAUACCUUGGAUAAGUCCCGUUAAUAAAUCUUCCAUUUCUGUUGUAGCACGUUUUAAUUUACAAUUAUCACUAGCUACAUAAGAAUCUGCAACAGUAAUUUUUA